AUGCUGUCGCACAAGCUUGCGAAACAGAGCAAGCCGUUCUCUGACGGGGAAUUUUUGACAGACUGUAUGGUAGAGGCGGCUAUCAUACUGUGCCCUGAGAACAAAGCCCAGUUUGAAAACGUCAGUCUGUCUCGUCGCACAGUCACCAGGCGUGUUGAAGUAAUUGAUGAAGAGUUGUCUGGUGAAUUGUCAAAGAAGGCAGAGGACUUCACAUACUUUUCCAUCGCGCUGGACGAGAGCACGGACAUCAAAGAUACCGCCCAGCUACUUAUUUUCAUUCGAGGGAUAAAUGACAGAUUUGAAAUAGUGGAGGAAUUUCUUGCAAUGGAGUCGAUGAGGGGGACAACAAGGGGAUCGGACUUAUACGACAAGGUGUCAGGAUGUUUGGAGAGACUGAACCUGCCAUGGACUAAACUGCUGAAUGUGACCACUGAUGGAUCCCCGAACCUCACCGGGAAGAACGUCGGUCUCCUGCAGAGGAUACAGGACCGGGUAAGAGAGGACAGCCCAAACUCAGAUUUGAUCUUUCUACACUACAUAAUUCACCAGGAAGCCCUGUGUAAAUCUGUGUUAGAACUUGACCAUGUUGCGAAAACAGUGGUGAAACUUGUGAACUUUAUCCGGGCUCGAGGGCUUAACCACCGCCAGUUUAUCCAGCUACUGGAGGAAAGUGAGACAGAACACACAGACGUGCUGUACCACUCGAAUGUUUGCUGGCUGAGCCUGGGCAAGGUGUUUCGCCGUGUGUGGGAUUUGAGAGGCGAGAUAUGGACGUUUCUGGAGACUGUUGGUAAAGCUGACGAGUUUGCAGACUUGCAAGACCCCGCUUGGCUGUGUGACUUUGCAUUCGGAGUGGAUGUAAUGAGCCAUCUGAACGACCUCAAUCUGAAGUUGCAGGGGAAGAAUAUGUUUGUGCAUGAGCUGUAUUCAUUCAUGCAAGCGUUCAAAGCCAAGCUGACCCCUUUUUCCCAACAAAUGACCAACAAGUGCUUCACACAUUUCCCAACGCUGGAUACCAUGGAUGUGCCACUCUGCCAGUCCAACAGUUACAGCAUUACUCUCACAGAUCUCCAUUCCGAGUUCAACCGGCGUUUCUCCGACUUCGCUAAGAUUGAACAUGAACUGGACCUGGUGUCCUCUCCCUUUUCAUUUGACAGGGAGAAAGCGCCCGUGGAUGUGCAACUAGAACUGAUUGACAUUCAGUGCGACCCUGCUCUCAAAGAAAAGUUCACUACAUCCACACUGGACCACUUCUACUGCUCACUGAAGGAAACGCAGUUUCCAAACAUGCGCAGGCACGCACAGAGGAUGCUUGUUUUGUUUGGCUCCACUUACGUGUGCGAACAAACUUUUUCUGUGAUGAACUACAACAAAUCACGUUACAGAUCACGGCUGACGGAUAAACAUCUGUCGUCUGUAUUGCGCAUUUCAACUUCAGACAUGACGCCAGACUUUGAUGAUCUUGCUAAAAGAGGUGACCGUCUCAACUGUUCCCAUUAG